GAGGGCGGGAGCUCAGAGGAGGAAAAGUCUUCGGACUUGCAGGCGGAAUUCCUCCUGGGCUAACCCUGGAGCGGGGUCCACACCACAACCGGCCGGCGGCGGCACAGGCUCCAUGUGCGGCUCCCCCUGGAGGCGGUUGAGCCUCUCGGAGCAGGAGCGCGCAGCACACACCUCGGGCAGCCACCGCCUCCGGCCAGCCACCGCACGCGCACGCGCGGUUAGUAGUCGCUGCUGCGCGGCCGCCGGCGGGACUGGUCUGAAGAGACGCGGGGACCAAGUGGCAACGACUUGGACAUCUGAGCUGUCACUGCCGAAAACAGGCCGCAAGAGAGCAUCUGCCCAAGCAACAAAGAGGAGGUGUUUGCUUGGGAGUUAAAAGCAAAUGGCAACCAAAGCUCAGGACUGGGAGAGAAAAGAUAAUCAAUAUGCGUUUCCAAGCCUUUUGGCUAUGUUUGGGUCUUCUGUUCAUCUCAAUUAAUGCAGAAUUUAUGGAUGAUGAUGUUAAGACGGAAGACUUUGAAGAAAAUUCAGAAGAAAUUGAUGUUAAUGAAGGUGAACUUUCCUCAGAGAUUAAAUAUAAGACACCUCAACCUAUAGGAGAAGUAUAUUUUGCAGAAACUUUUGAUAGUGGAAGGUUGGCUGGAUGGGUCUUAUCAAAAGCAAAGAAAGAUGACAUGGAUGAGGAAAUUUCAAUAUACGAUGGAAGAUGGGAAAUUGAAGAGUUGAAAGAAAACCAGGUACCUGGUGACAGAGGACUGGUAUUAAAAUCUAGAGCAAAGCAUCAUGCGAUAUCUGCUGUAUUAGCAAAACCGUUCAUUUUUGCUGAUAAACCCUUGAUAGUUCAAUAUGAAGUAAAUUUUCAAGAUGGUAUUGAUUGUGGAGGUGCAUACAUUAAACUCCUAGCAGACACUGAUGAUUUGAUUCUGGAAAACUUUUAUGAUAAAACAUCCUAUAUCAUUAUGUUUGGACCAGAUAAAUGCGGAGAAGAUUAUAAACUUCAUUUUAUCUUCAGACAUAAACAUCCCAAAACUGGAGUUUUCGAAGAGAAACAUGCCAAACCUCCAGAUGUAGACCUUAAAAAGUUCUUUACAGACAGGAAGACUCAUCUUUAUACCCUUGUGAUGAAUCCAGAUGACACAUUUGAGGUGUUAGUUGAUCAAACAGUUGUAAACAAAGGAAGCCUCCUAGAGGAUGUGGUUCCUCCUAUCAAACCUCCCAAAGAAAUUGAAGAUCCCAAUGAUAAAAAACCUGAGGAAUGGGAUGAAAGAGCAAAAAUUCCUGAUCCUUCUGCUAUCAAACCAGAAGACUGGGAUGAAAGUGAACCUGCCCAAAUAGAAGAUUCGAGUGUUGUUAAACCUGCUGGCUGGCUUGAUGAUGAACCAAAAUUUAUCCCUGAUCCUAAUGCUGAAAAACCUGGUGACUGGAAUGAAGACAUGGAUGGAGAAUGGGAGGCACCUCAGAUUCUUAAUCCAGCAUGUCGGAUUGGGUGUGGUGAGUGGAAACCUCCCAUGAUAGAUAACCCAAAAUACAAAGGAGUAUGGAGACCUCCACUGGUCGAUAAUCCUAACUAUCAGGGAAUCUGGAGUCCUCGAAAAAUUCCUAAUCCAGAUUAUUUCGAAGAUGAUCAUCCAUUUCUUCUGACUUCUUUCAGUGCUCUUGGUUUAGAGCUUUGGUCUAUGACUUCUGAUAUCUACUUUGAUAAUUUUAUUAUCUGUUCGGAAAAGGAAGUAGCAGAUCACUGGGCUGCAGAUGGUUGGAGAUGGAAAAUAAUGAUAGCAAAUGCUAAUAAGCCUGGUGUAUUAAAACAGUUAAUGGCAGCUGCUGAAGGGCAUCCAUGGCUUUGGUUGAUUUAUCUUGUGACAGCAGGAGUGCCACUAGCAUUAAUUACUUCAUUUUGUUGGCCAAGAAAAGUAAAGAAAAAAUAUAAAGAUACAGGGUAUAAAAAAACCGACAUAUGUAUACCACAAACAAAAGGAGUACUAGAGCAAGAAGAAAAGGAAGAGAAAGCAGCCCUGGAAAAACCAAUGGACCUGGAAGAGGAAAAAAAGCAAAAUGAUGGUGAAAUGCUUGAAAAAGAAGAGGAAAGUGAACCUGAGGAAAAGAGUGAAGAAGAAAUUGAAAUCAUAGAAGGGCAAGAAGAAAGUAAUCAAUCAAAUAAGUCUGGGUCAGAGGAUGAGAUGAAAGAAGCAGAUGAGAGCACAGGAUCUGGAGAUGGGCCGAUAAAGUCAGUACGCAAAAGAAGAGUACGAAAGGACUAAACUAGAUUGAAAUAUUUUUAAUUCCCGAGAGGGAUGUUUGGCAUUGUAAAAAUCAGCAUGCCAGACCUGAACUUUAAUCAGUCUGCACAUCCUGUUUCUAAUAUCUAGCAACAUUAUAUUCUUGCAGACAUUUAUUUUAGUCCCUCAUUUCAGAGGAAAAACAAGCAACUUUGAAGUUACCUCAUCUUUGAAUUUAGAAUAAAAGUGGCACAUUACAUAUCGGAUCUAAGAGAUUAAUACCAUUAGAAGUUAUACAGUUUUAGUUGUUUGGAGAUAGUUUUGGUUUGUACAGAACAAAAUAAUAUGUAGCAGCUUCAUUGCUAUUGGAAAAAUCAGUUAUUGGAAUUUCCACUUAAAUGGCUAUACAACAAUAUAACUGGUAGUUCUAUAAUAAAAAUGAGCAUAUGUUCUGUUGUGAAGAGCUAAAUGCAAUAAAGUUUCUGUGUGGUUGUUUGAUUCUA